AAAACAACAACAAAGGCAGAGUUUGACGUCACCUGUGACCCUCUUGCUGCGCAGCCGCAGUAAGACAUGGAGAACCGUCGUGACGUCACAGGUGAAGGCGGGGUGUUAGUAGACCCGCCCCCGCCCGCUGAGUGGCAGCCCGGCCUAAGAAUGGGGAACACUCCGUCAGGACCGGAGGGGACCGUAAAAGGCGACCAGACCGUUUCCCAAGAUUCCGACUCCGGCACAGAUUUAGGCGAAGAUGCUGCUAAUAGUCCCGUCCCUCCAGACGAAGAGAAGAUAUCUGACGAUUCAGCCAGCGUCUCUGUGGCCACGGCGGAAGAGUCGAGUCCGCCUGGUCCAACUAAGCUUGAGUCGUCAGAACCGCCGCCCGGCCGGACAGAUACGGACAGUCCCGAAACAACAUCUGCUGUUAGAACAACUCCAGAUGGAAAUGACCAGACAGAGACUGAAUCUCCGUCUCCAGAAGCACCGGAGAAAGAUAGCACCACUCCCGGAGAUACCAGCACUCCAGACCCGUCAGACACCGCCGCAGAUGAACCGGAGGCAGUGACUGUUGAGGAUAAAGUCGAGUUUUCUGAGGUUGUGGAAAAGACGGCCGAGGACAAAGCACCAGCGGCUACCACUGAGGAUACAACCACAGAUCCACAAACGGCUACAGAUACCGCAGAGAAACCCUCUGCCUCCGCGCAAUCAACCACCACAUCUACAGACUCGAUGUCUACAGAAGCACGGACUGCCAGCUACUUUCAAGCAGCAGGUAUGGACCCAGGCAUGGUGCAGCUACUGAAGCAGAUGUACCCGGACAUCUUUGUCCAGAUGGAGGCGUACACCCGGCUGGUGUCCCACGUCAACACGCUGGGCUUCUCGUUCCGCAGCCACGUGCCGAUGGACGGGAACUGCAUGUUCCACGCGGUGGCCGACCAGCUGCGGCGGACAGAGGGUCCGGAGAUGUCCCACCAGGAACUCAGGAGCAAGGCGGUGGACUACCUGAGGAAACAUCCUUUCACAGAGGGUAACCAGCACCUGCGGUCCUUUGUACCCGAUGAGAAGUGGGACUCGUACCUGGCGGCGAUGUCCCGAGACGGGGAGUGGGGGGAUCACAUCGCCCUCAUAGCCCUGGCCUCCGUCCUGCGCCGGGAGAUACACGUGGUGUCCAGCACGCCUGGGGACGACUUCCUCACUAAGGUCCACCCGAAUGGCGGGACAGACGAACCUGUGACUGGUCCUCCCUUACUACUCGGGCACUACGCAGAGCAACAUUACGUAAGCCUUGAUGGUCCUCAGCGUCCCAGGCGUCAGCUGUCAAGGCAACUGUCGAUCGAGGCACCCCCUCCAAGAGACCUCCAAGACAAGCCAGAAGGUAUGACGUUCCACGGCGUGUGUGGAGCAACAAUCAUGCUAUCCCCCAACAAGAGAAGUGCACACCGUCUGAGUGUACCAGACGAGCAAACCUCAACCAGCGCCCUGGUCUUCAGCGCGUCCCCGGUCAUGGUUGACCAAGAAGUCCAGAUCGAGUUCUCUGGGUACACAGACAAGGGGAGCGGGGCUCUGUACUUCGGCGUCACAACGGUGGAUCCCGCAACGUGGAGCCCCGCGGAGCUCCCUGCAUCCCUCGCCGUCGAUGAGCGAAACAUCGCCGGCUUCUGGGUCUGGCCGAUCGACCAUGACCUCAUGACGACGGGGGCGCUCUUCAAGUUCUCCGUCAACUGCAAUGGGAACCUGGAGUACUCGAGUAACGUGAACGGCGGCAGGUCCAAGCUGCAGCUGGCGAGUAUCCCCGCCGAUCAACCGAUCUGGGCUGUCCUGGACUUACAGGGGAGAACACAAACGGUCAAGUUUGUUGAUGGAGAGGACAAGAAAAAGGCCACGGUGAUCUGGAAGAAAGGAGAAGGACCCGACAUCCCUCCUGACAUCAACGUUGUCAUGGGAUUUCUACAGAAUCUACUGAUGGACAAAAUCCAGAUUCUAAAGUCCUGUGCGGCUGUCAUACGGGAGGAGGAAACACCGGAGCGGGCCAGGAGGGCGCUGACAUACCUACGUAAACUCACCAUGAAUGUCAUCGAGACUGGAGAUGAAGAAGAGAACAGGAAGGUUUACAUCGGGAACAGCGAAUUCAAGGAGACCAUCCUACGUGCACACUCGGCCCAACAGUUCAUGGUGGCUGCUGGAUGGUGCCAGGUUGACGACAUGAUGGUGUUUACUAGAACCUGCGAUGUUCUUCUGCAGCCGACGGUGGAGGCACUCGAUGAGAGUUUGAAUGCCCUACCGGAAGAGAGCUUCACAGAAAAUUACACGACCGAAGAAAUGCAACCGGCAGAGGAAAAGAACGCUCUUCAGGACAAGAUUCAGAUCAUUGCAACAUGUGCCGCCAUCAUCAAGGAACAGGAACGGACGAAACUGGCCAGAGAGGCUUUGAACACUGUCCGCCGAAUGACCAACAACAUUUUGAAGCAGCCUGACGACCAGAAGUACAGGAAAGUCCGAGUGGGUAACAAAACGUUUCAGGAGACGGUCAUGAAAUCCACAAAUGCACAACAGUUCGUGGUCGCAGCAGGAUGGAAACAGGUUGAAGAUGUCAUGGUCUUUGACAAAUCCAACGACGAGCUACUCAGCCCAACACUACAGAUUAUUGACGACUUGCUGAGUUCCUUACCUUGGGAGACACCUGAUGACAAGGACGAGACGGCGCAUCCUUUCGUCCCUCAGAGCACAGCAGAGGCAGCCCCGGUGGGAUCUCCCAAACUGGUCAAAGGCUUGCCAACUGGCGUCAAGGCAACACGGGACGUGAGGUUCCAUGUCAUUCGCGGGUCUAACAUAGCAUUGGCGCCGGACAGGAAAUCCGCACGUCGUAAGGGCGGUAUAAGCAAUGCCAUCACUUUCAGUGACAAACCCUUCGACACCAGUCAGAUGAUAGCCGUACAGAUCACAGAUAGGGACCCUACAGUAGAGUGUGCUGUAGUGCUGGGAGUGACAACUGUAGACCCCAUCAAAUGGGACACUGAACAACUGCCAAAGUUUCUGAGUAACCUCUCAAGCGACGACGGAUUUUGGAGCGAACCAGUAGGAGACGAUGCUGCCCUCCCAGGCAACAUUCUAACUCUCUACGUCAGCGGUAGCGGGUCCAUGAAGUGUUCAGUGUACGCUACUGGAGCGGACCAGCCCGUGGAAGAGUUUGACGUCGUUUGCAACAUCCCGACUGGCAAACCCAUGUGGGCGGUGUUGGACCUGUUUGGGUCGACCACUGCAGUCAGCUUUGUCGAUAUAGAGGAGAAGCAAUAUUCGGAUGAAGAGGCACCAUUAGUGACAGAGACUGAUCGCAGCUAUGUGGCAUCUCUGUUAUCUAACAUCUCGGAAAACAUCCCCUCUACAACUGACAAAGAAGGGGAAAGUAAGAAGGCCAACGAAGCUGGUGAUGAUACCUCCCCAACCAGGACCAGUGGGCCCGCUGAGGAAGAAAUAAAAGACGCGGAGGCGUCAGCUCAUGCUACCGGGGAAACUGCAGGGGCAGAAGGUGGCGUGUCUACUGAGGACCUACCGAGAGAGAACUGGCUGACACCCUUCGUGAAUGAACUUCUGGAGAAGGAAACUGUUGAACAGGCGAAACUGACUUUAACCACGAUUUGGACCAUAACAGACCAAGUCUCCAAUCAGAAAGCCAGCGAUGACAACACGCGGAAGUUGACUACCAAUGACAUCCCCUUUGCCGAGGCGAUAAAGGCCAGCUCAACUACAUACCAACUCUUCCAGAAGGCAGGGUGGAAGACGCUGGGAGAUAUGCUGGUCUUCCCACAGUUUGGCGGUCAUGGACCAAUUCUGGUUGCCUUGGAAGAAGGGCUUUGCAAUUUGGACAAGGACGAAACUCCAGUCCCUGAGGAGAAGACCGAUACAUCUGAGGGUCCUCAUGGCACCGUGAAGUUAACAAUAAAGACUUGUAUUGAGGAGAUCGAAGGGAAGGAGACAACAGGCCAGGCGAGGAUCGCACUGUCUGCUAUCAGGGAUGUGGCAAGGAGGGUCCGUGACAACCCAGGAGACAACAAGUACCGGAAGAUUGACAUGCGGGAGCGGGCGUACGCGGACGCGAUCAGGCGGUCAGAGGCAGCCAAGAACUUCAUGGUCACAGCAGGGUGGAUUCAGGUCGGAGAUACGAUGAUAUUCCCCAAGUACUGUGACAAGCGCCUUGAUCGCAUCCUGACUACAGUUGAGGAAUCCUUGAGCAAACUGCCUGACUUCCACCUGGCACCUGAAGAUGGGGAAACAGCCAAGGAGGAAAAAGAACCCAAGGAAACGAAAUCACCCCCAGAAGAGAAGGAGAAAGCAGAAGAGAAAAUCACUGAAGGCAAAAUCGCAUCCGAGAUGAAGAAACAUGCAGAGAAGGAGACGCCGGUUGCGGCACCUGGAAGUAACGCUAGAGCACCGGUUAAGACUGGUAUGAUCUUCAUCUGUUGA